GAGAAAAAGCAGAGCUCAGUGUUGAGGGAAGAUCAGUAUGAGCUUAGUUAGCUGUACGUAGGGAGAUCAUACGAGCUGUCUCUUAAUAUAUAACGUUAACAUUAUUUUACAUAAAUAGCUACAACUAGUUAACUAGAUUAACUAUAUAUUUUGGGUAGCAUUAACGUUAAGCUUCUACCUGUUCUGAUUUAACUAUUUAAGUUACCUAAUUAACGCUAACUCGACGUUUAGAGACGUUUUGUGUAACUUACUCUUACCUGGAUACUCUGGGCAUUGUCGUCGCGGUCACAUCGCUGAGGAAGUGAACUGUAGUUGUACACCAUGGCUUCAGCUGUUACCUCCAUCGAUCUCCAAACAAAAAAUGCCUUUCCUAAUCCCAAUUACGGUCAAACACCAACUCCACCAGGCUAUGUACCGCCCCAGGCUCCUGCAAUGAUGCCUGUCCCUCAGAGGCCAGUCGGCUGCCCCCCAGGACUGGAGUACCUGACCCAGAUCGACCAGCUCCUCGUCCAUCAGAAAAUAGAGUUGGCUGAGGUUAUUUUAGGCUGGGAGACCAAUAAUAAGUAUCUGGUGAAGAACACACUGGGGCAGCAGGUGUUUUAUGUGGCGGAGGAGAACGACUGCUGUACCAGACAGUGCUGUGGACCCAUGCGCUCCUUCGUCCUCCAUGUGCAGGACAACAUGGGCCAGGAGGUGAUGACCCUCACACGACCUCUGAGAUGCGCUAGCUGCUGUUGCCCCUGCUGCCUGCAAGAGCUUGAAGUUCAGGCUCCUCCAGGAAACCCGAUUGGAUAUGUGAUUCAGAAGUGGCACCCGUUCUUACCCAAAUUCAUCGUACAGAACGAGAAGAGAGAGGAUGUUCUGAGGAUCCAGGGUCCGUUCUGUGCUUGUAACUGCUGUUCAGAUGUGAAUUUUGAGGUAAUGUCCAUGGAUGAGAGCACACAGGUGGGCAGGAUCUGUAAGCAGUGGACUGGAAUGCUACAGGAAGCCUUCACAGAUGCUGACAACUUCGGCAUUAAGUUCCCCAUGGACCUGGACGUGAAGAUCAAGGCUGUUCUUUUCGGGGCCUUAUUUCUCAUUGACUUCAUGUUCUUUGAGAACAGUAACAACAAACACUGAGUUAAAGCGGCUUUUAUCAGUUCACCGCUCUGAAAAGAAAGGGAAGAGGAAUCCACCAGGUUUCAGGAUUUGCUGAAACGUUUUUGUAGUUUAAUAUUCACCAUCACUCAAUACUGAUUGAUUUUCUCAAUCCUGGUCCUGGUGACCCCCGCUGCCCUGCACAUUUUAGAGGUUUCCCUGCUUUAUCUUAUCCACUAACACUCUGAAAGUGCUUGUUUUAAUGAGCUGAUUUGUUAAGAUCAAGGAAGAGGAGGUAACCAGAACCAGGACUGAGAAGCACUGUUACACACCAAAGACUGAUUUUAAAAAUAGUUUUUUGUACGUUUAAUACAAAUAUUCAAUUUAUAUAUUUUAUACAUAUUUACAUAGCUUAUUGAAUCUUUAUUUUUGGUUAUAUUUUACUUUCUUCUUUUCCACUUUAAAUGUAGAUGUAUUUUAUUAUAAUUAGUACCUGUAGGUGGCACCAGAGUGCGACUUAUUACCCAGCAGUCCAACUGCCCGCC